UUGCUAUAUAAGCUGAAGAUAUUGGUUCGAUCUAGCACAAGAUUUGAGGACAAUCUCAACUGUGACCAUGAGAGAUCUUGUAAUGAUUUUCUUCUUCUUUAUCUCCCCCCUCUUUAUAUCUCUAUCUGUUUCUUCAGCCAAAAAUUCUUUCAAGCCAGAAGAACCAUGCAAACAUAUCGUGCUCUAUUAUCACGAUACUCUUUUUAAUGGCACGGAUGCGGCUAAUGCAACAUCUGCUGCAGCUACCAAUGCUACAAAGCUAGGAAACUUUAAUUUUGGUAUGCUAGUUGUUUUUGAUGAUCCCAUGACCAAAGACAAUCACCUUCUUUCUCGUCCUGUUGCAAGAGCACAAGGGUUCUAUUUCUAUGACAUGAAGUCCACUUACACUGCUUGGUUUGCUUACACUUUGAUCUUUAACUCCACUGAACACAAAGGUACUCUAAAUAUAAUGGGUGCCGAUUUGAUGAUGAUGGAGACAAGAGAUUUUUCUGUAGUUGGAGGGACAGGAGACUUUUUCAUGGCUAGAGGGAUUGCCACGAUUCGUACUGACACUUUCCAGGGUGCCUAUUAUUUUCGCCUCAAGAUGGAUAUCAAGUUAUAUGAGUGUUAUUAGGUAUCAUUAGUCUUUUUUUACCCUUGAGGUCAGAUAUGCUAGAUUUGAUGAAUAAAAUGAAUGUAAUCUUGUAGCACACUUGGAGUCUCAAUAUCUAAGGAAGUUUCUGUGCA